GGGAAGAAAAUUAAAAUAAUAAACUCGAAAGAAUACGACAGUUUUUCUGUUCAAGGGUUUAAUUAACUCCAACAAUAAUUAUAAUUUCAAGAUUUGUUUUUGAGUUACGGUGCUCGUGGUAGAGGCAUUCUUGAACGGCGCUGUACAGAACCCAAAAAUAUAAUGUGAAUAUGAUCUUCACUCUUCAGCGAUGGGGAAUAGCCGGGAGACGAGGAAUGAGUAUCAGCCUGAGUCAAGAGACAGCCACAGAAAAACAUGGGUGAAGAAGCUGAUUGAUUUGGUUGGAUGAUUGGAAACAAGCAGCUGUUUCAGCCGUUCUGGUGAUUUUUGAUCCCCUGGUGCUCAGCACAGGUGUAGUGAGUGACAAGGAGCUGGACAGGCUCGUGAAGAAUUAAGUAGCUGGUGAAGUUCAAACUACCAAGCUGGCUUGGAAACGUUACCUGGACUAUAACUGGUACAAGGACCAGGCUAUUCCAAGGUCUAAACCCUUUGUUCGGUUGUUGUUUGCCGGAGUCAUGGCGACCUUGUUGCAUUCUGAAUCUCGGCGCUUAUAUUCUUGGUGGUGGGAUAGCCAUAUUAGCCCCAAGAACUCAAAAUGGCUACAGGAGAAUCUUACAGACAUGGAUGCCAAUGUAAAAGCAAUGAUCAGACCCAUUGAAGAAGAUGCAGACUCCUUUGCAAGAAGAGCUGAAAUGUACUACAACAAACGUCCAGAGCUUAUAAAAGUAGUUGAGGAGUUCUACCGAGCGUACCGUGCUUUAGCUGAACGAUAUGACCCUGCAACUGCAGAGCUUCAAGAUGCACAUGAAACCAUGCCUCAAGCAUUAGACAACCAAAUGCCUCCUGAUGAUGAGUCUUGUUCUGAUGCUGAAUCCCACACACCAGAAAUCCACCUCCCAAAUCAUGCACUGCAUGACAAAGGUGACUUGCACAAGGAGUUGGGGAGUUCAUCAUCAACGAAUCAAAGCGGUUCUGCAAGUAAAGCGGGUUUGAAACAGCUCAAUGAGAUGUUUGCAUCAGAGGGAAGCACUGAACUGCAAGUAGUUCGUCGUGAAGGUGAAUUCGAUGGCCAUAACUUGCAUAGAGUGCCCUUUCAGUUAAUUAGGAACAUUUGUGUUCUCAAACCUCCAAUUCUGUGGUUGUCUGAAAGAGACGAAAAAUUGGAUUCUGAACUUCAAAGUUUAAGAAAGAGACUGAAUGAGAUGGAAUCUGAAAAGGAAGCUUUCUUUGUUAAAUACCAGAAUUCUUUGGAAAAGCUAUCCAGCCUAGAGAAAGAACUUAGUUCUACUCAAAAAGAUGCCAGUGGACUCGACGAACGAGCGAGCAAAGCUGAAAUCGAAAUAAAAAUAUUGAAGGAAGCCCUUCAAGAUUUGAAAGCAGAGAAGAAUGCAGGCCUUCUACAAUAUAAUCAAUGUUUGCAAAACAUAUCUAGCCUAGAAAAGCUAUUUUCUGACUCCCAACAAGAUGCUGAAGGACAUAAAGAGAGAACCGCUAAGGCCGAAAUUGAAGCCCACAACCUUGAGCAACAACUUUCCAGAUUAGCAGCUGAAAAGGAGGUCAGUCUUGUUCAGUAUGAGCAAUGCCUAAAGAAGAUAUCUGCUUUAGAGAAUAAAAUCUCUGUUUCUGAAGAUUAUGCAAGAACGCUCGAUGAACGAAUGAAUCGUUCAGAGACUGAAGUGAAAGUACUGAAGAGAGCUCUCGACGCUCUGAAUGAAGAGAAGGAAAUAGCAUCUCGCCAGUAUGAGCAGUGCUUGGAGAAAAUUGCCAAGAUGGAAACUGAAAUAUCUCAUGCUCAAGAUGAACUUGUGAUAGCUAAUGCAAAACUGGAGACAACAGAAGAAAGGUGUGCUCAUUUGGAGCAGUCAAACCAUUCACUGCAGUUUGAAGCAGACAACCUUGUACACAAGAUUGUUAUUAAGGAUCGAGAGCUUGCAGAAACGCGAGAUGAGCUGAAGAAACUGCAGACUCUAAUGAAUGAACUGACUUUUUCUUCCAAUACUAUAAUGAAGAAUUUGGAGGAUCAAUUAUCUGGCUUGAUGGAGAUGAAAGAGAAGCUUGAAGAGGUUGUUUCUAAAAAAGAAGAGCAGAGAAAGUUGCUCGAGAAAGAGAUCGAUCAUUUGAGAGACGAAAUUAACGAAUCGAGUGUAAGAUACCAGCGCAUAAUGAGACAAUUGGAAGAGGAAUUUGAAGAGGAGAAUGCCAAGCUGAGGGAGGCCUGUGAAAAGAACAGGAACGAGAUAGAAGCACUUCACGAAAAACUCAGUUAUAUGGAUAAACUUGAAAAGGAAAAUUUGUCUUUCCUUAUUGAAUGUGAACAAUAUGAAGAGGCAUCCAAGUUAUCAGAUAAAGUUAUUGCUGAAUUGGAAGGCGAAAAUAUGGAGCAACAAGUUGAAGUAGAAUUUAUGUACAAUGAAAUCAAUAAAUUAAGAGGAGGAAUCCGUAAGGUUUUAAUGGCUCUUCAAAUUGACCAAGUUGAAGAGAGGAUUCUGAUAGUGGAUAUUUUGGCCAGAAUUGAGGAUUUGAAAACGUCCGUGUUCAAAAACAAGGACGAGAAGCGGCAACUGCUCGUUCAGAACUCGGUUUUAUUGACUCUUCUCAAGCAACUGAGUUUCGAGAGUGAAGAACUGAAAGAAAACUUUAUGCAGGAUCAACUAGCAAUGCAUGAACAAGACAAGCAGAAUUUAAUCAUUCAGGAAACAAUUGCUUUCAACAUCCUAUCGUCGAUUUUCGAAAGCUUCAAAACAGAGAAAUUCUUGGAAAUCGAAAGGCUUGUUCAAGAUAUCUGUCAUCUCCAAGUGGUUAAUUCUGAGACAAGGGAAGAAGUUGUGAAGUUGGCAGAGAAAUCUCAGUCGAAGGACGUUGAAAAUUUGCGUUUAAACGGAUCGGUAGAGAAAUUGGCAAAGGAGCUACAUGAAACAAAAGCUUCGAAUGAUGAACUCAACCAUCAAAUUUUACUUGGAAAUGAUUUACUGAGGUCGGAGGCCCGAAAGCUGUCUGAAACAGAGGAGGAGCUUAAAAAUUCACAAAACUUCAACAUGAAACUGUGUGAUACUGUUGAGGAGCUCAAGAUGGAAGGUGAAGAAACAAUGAUGAUCAAACAGAAUCUAGAGAAUGAGAAUCUUGAACUUAAAGAAAAGUGCUUAAGCCAGGAGAAUCAGAUUCAACGCCUCAGUGAAGUAAAUGAAAAUUUGAAAUCUGAAGUUGAUUUAUUGAAUGAGGAGAUGGAGAAAUGCAAGAUUAGAGAGGAGUGUCUGAGUCUAGAGCUACAGGAGAGAAGAGAUGAGUUUGAGCUCUGGGAAGCUGAAGCCACGGCAUUUUACUUCGAUAAUCAAAUCUCAUCGAUACGGGAGGUUUUAUACGAGAAUAAGGUACACGAACUUGUCCAUGCUUGUGAAAAUGCUCGGGAUGAGGAGGCUGAAAAAGAUAUGGAGAUCGAAAAACUCAGAGAAAGAGUAAGUUUCCUGGAAAUUGAAGUCGGAGAAAUGGAGGCACAGUUGUGUGCAUAUAAGCCAGCCAUAGCUGCUCUGAGGGAGGAUGUAGAAUCACUCAAGCAUAUUGUUCUUCCUCAGGGCGAGGAAACCACAGCUCAUGUUCAUCAGAGGAGCUGUAAUGUCUACAAAGAUGAGAUAUUGGAUUUGCAGGAGAUUGGGGCCAUGAUAAAAGUAGUGGAGAAGGCUGUGAUCGAGGAAAAGAAAAAACUUAACAAAGAAGCUGCUGAAGUACAUGUCGAAGGAACAUCGCAUCGAGAAGCGACAACGGAGGAUGGAAUUACUGAUAAUCCUAAGGCAAGAAAGAACAAACCUGAGAAUGAAAUGGUAAUGAAAGAUAUUCCACUGGAUCGUGAAUCAGAUAGUUCUUUCCAGAGAAGAAGCAGAAGGGAAAGUAGUGAGACCAAUGAGCAAAUGCUUAAGUUGUGGGAAAUUGCUGCGCAGAAUUGUGACCAGAAUUUGAUUGAUAGCUCGCCACAAAGCCCCUCAGACCCACAAGUUGAGUACCCACAGUUGGAGCAAUCCCCCAGCAGCAGCAGCAUUAGAGAACGAAUCCGAAGAGGCCGAAAAGGAAAGAUCUUAGAGAGAAUUGAUUCAUAUGUCGAUCAGUUGACAGGUCUUCUAACAAGUGUUAGAGAUUUGAAAAAGAGAAUUGAAGUGAACAUCUUCGAAAUGACUCCAAACAAUGAAUACGACACGGUUGAGAAACACAUAAAAGAAGUCGAGGAAGAUAUAUUUCAGCAAAUGAAUAUCAAUGAUCAACUGAAGCAGAAUUUGGAACGCAGUCCCUCGUUUUUCGAGCAAAUGCCAUCAAUAGAAAUCGAGGCGACUGGAAACAUCCCCUUAAGCAAACUAAGAGAGCAGGCACGAAGAGGAUCUGUAAAGAUACAACAACUACAGUUCGAGGUACAGAGCAUUCAGCGCGUUGUGCUGAAACUCGAAGCCGAGAAGAAACCAAAAGGGAAGAACACAUUACCGGGGAGUAGUAAACCUCGGGUUAUUCUGAGAGAUUUCAUCUGCAGAAGCGGAAAACGGAGGGAAAGAUGGAAGAAACCAUGUUCUUGUGGAUGUAUGAGACCUUCCACGCAUGGAGACUGAAUCUCCCGAUAGAUACUCCGGCUGUACAGUAGUAGAAGAUUAUAGAGACAGCAUCUAGAUAUCCAUCCCAUUGUAAGUUGCAAUAAUGGUAGAUCAUCAUCUCUGGAUCUAUCUAAUGAUGAUGAACUAUAACAGGACAGAUUCUUGUCUUGCGCUACCUUGAUUGAUUAUGAUGAUUAAAGUCCAGAAAUAAAAUGUUCACAUUUUUCAA